AUGGAGGAAGGCUGGGACUACCCAGCUCUUCUCACAGAGGGCGCGCGAAGGUACCCGAACUCUCCAUAUAUCAUCACUUAUAGCGGGUACGAACACGUGGUCUUCCCAUCCUCAUCCUUCGACGAAGUCAAGCGCCUGAGUGUGUCCCGGGCCUCGACGAUCGCCUGGUUCAACCAGGCAUUUUGGCAAGGAUGGGCGUUCUAUGGUACCGAUAACCAUGCUCGAUACCACACCGUUGCCAUCGGUCUUGCCAAGGCAGCAUUCGAGGCCGUACUGGGACCUCAGGGUACCAGCAAGGACUGGACGACCGUGUCUCUAUGGAGAACUGUACAGAGUAUUGUGACCCUUAUGAAUGCCUCCGAUCUGUUGAGGCCCGAGCUUGGGAUUGAUCCACGCUGGCUGAAAGCUACACAUCGCGUUGACAGGGCCAUGAUGGUCGGCGUCGUGGGGUCUCAUUACACACCUCGAAAUUUGCGGCCGCUAGUAGCGCCUAUUUUCUUCCUGCCAGCAAAGGUGGUGGACUGGUACAUGCAGUCGCUCGUCCGGCCUACGGUUGAACGAGAGCUCAAGGCCUAUGAGGCGAAAGAGGCGAAAGAGGCCGACGGUGGGCACAACUCUUCCGACGACAUUAUUUCCACUAUCGUCCAAGAUGGCGGUGUCGGCACUGGCACUGAAUGUCACCGGAGCAUCAAAGAAAAGUUCCCCCUAACAGAAUGGCUUUGGGCCGGCGCUUCCUCCCGGCACUCUCACAUGCGUCGACAAAUAUCACUUUGCAAAGUCACAAACGGAGAUGCGGCAAAGCCCGGCCACGAGGAGAUGCAUCAAUUCGCUAUGCCAGGGCCUAACAACACCAUCUGGGGCAACGGCACGCAAGCAUGUCCCGGGAGGGCCUUUGCAAGCAUCACAAUAAAGGUCGUCCUGGCUCAUCUGCUCACCCACUAUGACAUUCGACUGCUGCCAGGGGGCGCAAACGAGCCAAAGCGUUACUCCAUGCCAAAUGGUUCCAAUUCACCAGAUAUAAUGUCCAAAAUCAUGAUACGGGACCGAUUUCGAUAA